AUGGACUAUCGAUUUGACCACAGUGAUCUUCAACGCAUUUGGGAGAUCCUAGCAUCCCUGGUGGUGGUGGCCAUCCAGAGCAUGAUCCUUCUCCUGAUGCCUCCCAAAAGCAAUGGUGAACCCAAGGUAGUGGCACAGUGGAUGCCAGUAGAAGAAGAGAAACUUGUCAAGUUUCUCCACUCCCAUCAUGCAGAGGCAAUGGAUGGAACAGGGAAUUUCAAGCCACAAAUCCUAUUGAAUGCCUGGGACUCCUGUGAAGACACCAUUGCAAUGCAAGAACGAGUGGAGGGUGUGCCUGAUAUUCAGCUGAGGCAGCUAUAUGCUGAGAUUCAAAGGUAUUGUACAUCUGGAAAACACUGGGACAAUGACAAUGGUGCUGCAAUUACACACAAAUCUCUUUGUCCAUACAGGAAUUGGGGAUGGUCACUGUUUGAUAUGAUAUCUGAGAUCAUGCCAAGUGGCAUUGUGAGCAGUCACCAUGCAUUUGAUGCCAGUGCUCCCAGUAUGUCUACCUCAGCUCCAUCUGCCACCUCUCCCACAUCUGCCACCCCCACCAUGUCUACCACCUUGACUGCUGGUGAAUUCAAUGCACCUUCCAUGUCUGCUGCCACCAAUGUUGCCUCUACUGCCAUCACUGCUGGAGAGGAUGAAGGCCCUCAAUGUGACAUUUCUAUGGAACCCCCCCUCCCUCCCUCAUCACUGAGCUCUGUAAAUUUGGAGACGUUUUCCUUUCAAACACUCUCCUCCCCUAGCCACCCAACAAGUGGCAGUACUAGCACUGGCAAUCUGAGGCCUACCCACUCCAAUGCAUCAAGCCAGGGAAAGCAUCCCUUCACCAAAAUCAGUGACACUGACCCUGCUGUCAGAUCAAAUUUUCUGGAGCUCCCAUAUUCAAACACCAUCUCCUCUGUUGACGCAAGGCCUUCUGUGAAGAAGAGGAGGGGGGCCAACAUAGGUGAACCACUUCCUGUGGUGUCCAUGACUGAUGUGAUGGCAAUUGCUGCUGCAGGGUCCUCCUCAUGCAACACUUGGGUAAAAGCACCACCACCAGAAGAGCCACCCAACCCACUUCUGGUGACCUUGCUUGGUGCUGUUACCCAGCUGGCAGGCUCCAUCAAAUGUACAAUGCAGCCAGCUGAGGAGUGA